AUGACCCUUCUGUCCUUUGAAGGUAUUGACGUCGACAUUCCGGCCAUCGACGGGCUGCGCUUCUUCUUUGAGAAUGGCAGCCUCGCGAUCGAGUGCACCAACUUCACUGGUCGCUUCGCGCUCUCCAAGCCGCCACCCAAGCCCACUGAGUCCAAGAAGCGUGUGGCCGAGGCGCCGUCGCCGAUCGUUAUUUAUGAAGACCCGGCCAAGCGCCAAAAGACGUCACCUGCCAAGGCGGCCUCGAGUAGCAGUCGCAGCGAUACCAGCGAGUCCUCCGAAAAGGCGCGCUCGCCGUUGCAGCCAUUGCCGGCAAAGUCGGAGCCGGCGGAUGUGGCCAAAGAGUUCAUGUCGCCGCCGGCCAAGGCCAAGGGGAAGCGCGGUCGACCGACCAAGAAAGACGCCGUCAAGAAGACUGCGGACGUCAAGUCAUUUUUCUCACCGAAGAAGGACGACAAGGUCGACGCUGCCAAGGCGGUAGAGGCUUCUUCGCCUUCCGACGAGGUGGCGUUGGACGAGACAACCGAGGUGGACGAGGCGCCCGAGGCAACGGUGGUCGCAGCGACCGAGGACGACGAAGCCAAGGCGGCGGCACCCACCAUUGUGCCCACGUCCCCCGUCGAUGUCGACGCGCUACCUGCGCCGAGUCACGGUCUCGAGCACUUUACCGGCAGCUACGCCCUAGUGCCAACCUCCGGCACCCCGCCGAGCCAGCGCUGGGGCGCGACCGCGACGCGCAUCUCGAAGGACCGCAUUGUGCUCUACGGCGGCGAGAGCGAAGACGAGACGACGCUUGCGGAUAUCCACGUGUUUGACAUUGCGACGAAUGCGUGGAGCCGUCCGGCCAACUGCGAAAGCCUGCCGCGGACGUGGCACGGCGCUGUGUACCUGCCGACGAACAAGCUGCUCGUUGUGUUUGGCGGCGAGCGCCUUGUGAAUGACGCGAUGGAGACGCUCGCCGACCCGAUGGUGCUUGAUACGGAGGCCUUUCUGUGGUACCCCCCAGUCGUCGCGGGGCCGGUACCCGUCGCGCGAAGCGGUCACAGCAUGUGCCGGCUCGGCUCGGACAUAGUCGUCUUUGGCGGCAACCGUGGUCGCAGCAGCAUGAACUCGGUCCACGUACUCGAGACGGCGACAUGGACGUGGCGCAACAUUCGAGUCGACGGCCGGGCGCCCGCAGCCCGCAACUACCACUCGGCGGUUGCGAUCGGCGACCACCGCAUGGUCCUCUUUGGCGGCAACGACACCAAGCGCAGCUUCGACUCGGUACACGUGCUCGAACGUCGGCCCGCGGACAAUGCGUGGUUUUGGUUCCACCCGUGCACGGUCGGUGUCGGUCCCGCGCCCCGGACGGGCCAGAUCGCGGUCGCCCUCGAUGCGUCGACGAUCCUUGUCUAUGGUGGCUGGGACCCGCAGGUCGGCGCCCAGAAAACGACCCUCUUUGGUGACGUAUUUGCGCUCAACACGGAGACGUGGGAGUGGAAGCCAGUGACGAUGGACUCCUCUGACGGCAUGCAACGUGUUGGACACUGCGCUGUGCUCGCAAACGAAGGCGCCAAGACCGUCUUGCUCUUUGGCGGCCAAGAUGCCCACGAGACGCGCAGCAACGAGGUGUUUUCACUUACAUUGGCUUAG